AUGGGUAGGGCAGGGUUAAAUAGGGGAUGGUAAGAUAGGGUAGGGUAGGGUAGGGUAGGGUAGGGUAGGGUAGGGUAGGGUAGAGUAGAGUAGGGUAGGGUAGGGUAGGGUAUAUGUAUGACUAGAGAAGUUGAAUUUGAAUUUAGAGUGAAAGUGUCAUUUUUGAUGCAAUUUUAUAAACUACGUCAGCUUCUUCUUGAACCUAUAAAAAAUCUGUCAUUUUUAUAUGAAAUUUUGCAAAAUACGUCUGGCUUUGCUUGGUUUUUAAAAAAAUUUGUCAUUUUAUACCUUACUUGCCAUUUUUUAAUACUUUUCUUUACGUUUAAAAAACAUGUCAUCUUUUUUGGAAAUUCUAAAAAAUCUGUCAUCUUUUCUUUAAUAUUUUGUAAAAUACGGUAUUGAUUAAUGAAUUCGUUUAGAAAAUAGACUAUUUUUAAUACUAUUUCUUGUUUUUAAUUGAUUUUUCUUUGAAAUUACUAAAAAAUAUGUUGUUUUAUUUAAUAAAUUUCAUAAAAUGCGUCAUCUUAUAUUUUAAAAUUUUCUAAUUGUAACGAAAGAACCAAUUGGCGUAUUUUACCUCAAAACAAAACAUAAUUUAAACUUUUUUUUUCAGAUAAUCUUUAUUCGAUUCAAAAUGACUUGAUUAUUGACAUCAGAUUCACUGGGAUUUAUCAAAAUGUAGUACAACAUUCACCAUGGUGUGGGCGCUUGGAAAGGUAAGUACUCUUGAAUUUUAUUGUAAACCUAGGUGCUUUUAUACUCAAAAUGUUUACUAGAACUUGUAUGGAAAUAGAAAAUAUUUCGUUGAUUGCAUCUUGUUUUUUGAGUUAUAACGUUUUUUCUUAAAUUAUCCCUGAUGCUUCAUAGGCGUGUCUUUUAUGGUUGAUUUUGCUUUGAACUUGGUUGUAAACCUGGAUAUGUUUGUUCUUUAAAUGUGUAUUAUGACUUGUAGAAUGUGUAAUUAAUAUAUAUUUUGUUGAUUGCGUCCGGCUUUUUGAAUUAUAACGUGUUUUCUUAUAUUAUCCUUGAUGCUUGGUAAGGUUUCUUUGAAAGUUGAUUUCUCCUUGAACUUGCAUGUAAAACGUGGUGUGUUUGUACUUAAAAUGUUUACUAUGACCUGUAGAAUAUGAAAAUAUAAAAUAUUUUGUUGAUUACGUUUUGUUUUUGGGGUUAGGACUUGUUUUCUGAUAUUAUCCUUGAUGCUUGAUUGAAAGUUGGUUUCUUCUUGAAGUUAUUUUUUAAACUUGAUGUGUUUGAACUUAAAAUGAUCACUAUGACUUGUAAAAUAUGAAAAUGUAGCAUCUUUUGUUGUUUGCGUCUUGUUUAUCAAUUUAUGAUUUGUUUUUUCAUAAUAUCCUUGAUGAUGAGUAGGUGUGUCUUUUAAAGUUGAUUUCUAUCUGAACUUGUUUGUAGAACUUGAUGCGUUUAUGCUUAAAAUGUUUCUUACCACAUGUAAAAUAUGAAUAUAGAAGAUGUUUUGUUGAUUGUUUUUUGUUUAUCAAUUUAUGACUUUUUUUCUAAUAUUAUCCUUGAUAGGUGUGUCUUUGAAGGUUGAUUCCUCCUUAAAUUUGCUUGUAAAACCUGCUGUGUUUGUAUUUAAAAUGUUUAUUAUGACCUGUAAAAUAUGAAAAGGUAAAAAAUUUUGUGAUAGAGGUACUGUAUUUUAAAGUACGGCUUGUUUUCUUAUAUUAACCAUGAUGGUUAGCAGUAUAAUAUUGCUUUUUUAUGUCUCUUGAAGUAAUUUGUUAUGAAGUAAAUGUAAAAUACGUCAGGUGGCAUUAAGUCCUAACUUUAUUUAUAACAAAAACCUACUGUAACUUUAAAAAUCGAUCUAAAAAUGUCAUUUUUCCUUCAAAAACUUCCGUUUUUUUAACCAAAAACAAACCCAAAAUCAUAAAAACAAAGUUACAGUAAGUGUCAUAGGACCUAUGAAACGUGGAAAUAAUUUUUUUCAAUUGUAAGUAAACAUUUCGCGCAGUAAUGACCAAAUAUUUAUUGUUUAUAGUAAACAAAUCGUAUGUUGAAAUGAAGAUUACUGCUUCAAGGUGACAGUUUUCGUUGUAUUUUUACAAUAACUGCUAUAUAAGCAACAGUUUUUCAUAACUUUUAUUCUGAUAAAUCUUUUCGUUUUUCAUUGGUUGGGUACUUUAAAACUGGCAUUUAUUAUUGAUUUGAGACGAAAAAAGUGGCUUUAGACCUUAUUUUAGCUAACAAAAGGCUAUAUUUCAUCAAAUUAAACAAAAAAUAUAAUAUUAUAAUAAAUAUAGGGCUACUUUAACAUUUUUUAGUAAAAAACCUACCAAAAGCGUCUUUUAUUACCUAAAAAUCAAUCAAAAACACUUGUUUAUGACCGGUUUCGCUUUCAAAACAAAUGUCAUUCGAACCGAAAGCAAAUGCAAUGUGCGGGGGUAUAGCUCAGGGGUAGAGCGCUCGCUUAGCAUGCGAGAGGGCUGGGGUUCAAUUCCCCAUACCUCCAGAAUGACUUUUUGGGAUUUUUAAGAUAUAUCUGUCAUUUUUAUUGUUGUAUAUGAUUUUAUAUAAGUUUGUGCGAUUAGUUUUUAUGAUUUUAGUAUUUUUUAAUUAGUUGGUUGGUUUAAAAAUGGCAUUUUUGGGUUAAAAAUACAAAAAAACUUGAAAAAAUGAGGGUUUUGAGCGGUUUUAAUGCCAUUUUUAGUUGUUACUGUCAAUAGAAUUGCUUUUACUUUCUCCAUAACUUCUCAUAAUGUCAAUAUAAGUCUGGCGAACAUUUAAAAAAAUCAAAAGUCGCGUUAUUAUAAACCCAAAAACUUGAAAUUUCAAAAAUUUCAGAAUGUUCCGUAGCCUAAUUUUAUUGGUUUUGAUCUUCGUUUUAGCCAUUGCUCGGCCUCAGGUCACGGUAGAAAGAACGUCAGUUGAAGAGAUUGGUAGACCAGCUGCUAGUUCUCGAGUUUCCGCUAUUGAGACUCCGGUUGGUGGAGUAGCUGUGGAGGAGCCGGUUGCACCAGCUGUUGUUGUUGGCUAA